AUUGCUCUUUUUAAAAAACAAAAGCUCUGUAAUUCUUUGAUAAGCUCUUUGYAAUACGAUAUUAUGGUUGGUUUUGAAAGAAAAGAGUAUUUCUUCCUUGUUCCAUAAAAGGGCAUUAAUAAUAAUAGUCGGGGGAUCCCCGUUUGUCGAAGCUGAUGACUCUCAAAAAUCAGAAGAUCAAAUUUAGUAUCGAAACGGUCUUUCAUUGCUAUAUUCAAUUAGGUUUUUCGCUUUUCACAAGAAACUUGAAGUGUUAAGGAUUUCGAGGCAAUCCUUCGUCACGCUGUAGUCACUGUUGAUCUUCRGUAGCGUGACGAGCGAAGWCAACAUGGAAAACAUUGAAGAGCUGAGACAGCCACUUCUUUCUCAAGUGAUGGCAGAAGGAAUCCAGUUCAGCCCCAGCAGUAUAUCCAACUCGUCAGAAUAUCGCAUCUUCGACUGCGACGAUAUGAAUGUACGAAACCAUCUCAGAGCCAACCAAGCRUCCAUYGAYCACCUCACYUUCAAAAAUUUGGAAACUACAGAUACUGCGGACAUUGGCUAUCGCUUUGCGUUAAAAACACCACAUCUUGAGGCUUACGACGAGGGGGAUGUCGUGGGAUUUUUUAAAGAUGAGAAAGGCGGGACCUACAUUGAUUUGCUGGAUAGUAUUAACGCGCAGGACACGUUUAUGGCGGGAGUUAUCUCACGAUCCGCAUACCUUGAAGCCAAGCAGUCACUUGAAAAAGAYGUCUCAGAUGUAGUGUGUGUCAUAGGAGUAGUYCAGGUCAAAUGUGCUGGCUCGGUGCGCGCUGGUGAACGCAUCUACUCGGCUUUAAUCAAAGACAGAGCAGGCACAGCUAUUGCAGAACUAUGCUUGUCGAUGGGAACGCUGGUGUUUUUGCUUUUUGGAUUGUCUGUUUUGGCCUUUGAGCUGUUCUACCCUGGGUCAGCCCUAAGGGAGGCGAUCUGCAAAGCAGGGAGUAUGGACGGACAUUGGGCUACUUAUAAGUUUAUUGGAUUGUCAAAAGAUCAGUCUUACUUUGUUAAAGGCGUUGAAUUUGCUUCGUUUGACAAACUAAAAGAAAAAGUCAAACCAGCGUUGGAUGAUGUGUCUCCACUGAGCACAACAGUUUUCAAUAUCACAAGAGUCCAUUACUACCUCAAUCUUUACCGAUGUUCCUAUGGCACUGUCAAGCUACGUAAYACCCUUGGCAUCGAUCCUCGGAAGCAGGUCGGAGGACCACAAGUCUUUGCUAUUGACGGAAAGUGUUCCACGGUAUACUACCAAUCAUUCGUCAACGUGACCAAGUUUUGCAGGGGUGGCUGGUGUCCAUAUCAAAGCGUUAAAACGUUUAAAAAUAAAUUUCAUUGUUUUCCUACGAAAGACUUCACAGCAAAGUGAACCACUUUGAAAGAAAAAUUGUAGGAUAGUUGGGUACCUCUACCAAAAGGUCCUAUACUGUAGUAUAUUAUCAAUAAGCUUUUGAACUUCAUUAUUACGGACAGUGGUCGUAAUGACGAGGUGAUUUUUAUGACCGCAUGUUAAAGAGCUCUUCUAUUUUAUACUCGCUCGGUACAAAUYGGAAUGUUUGAAGGAAAGUAACGUUUUUGCGACAUUCACUACGAAUGRGUGCAUAAGGUUAUAAGAAUGUAUAAUGUAUAAGAAUGUUCUCAUAUAAUGUUUAAAAAAUCAAAGCUUUAUUCCGUUCGAGAUGAUUUUCGAACGAUUUCGUCAGGUAUUGUUGAAAAAAAAAACUGCUUUCUCCUGGUUCCUAAAAAAAUGUUACUAUAAUAUUGUUGCAUUGCUUCACAAGUUCUUAUCUUAAUUUCGAGCCCAUGUUAUUUAUAGUUUGUGUAUAUAUUAGAUGUUUUUAGGAAUGUUACAUACAGACAUAUAGUCGAGAGCUUUGCUUCGUUUGUUCACGGAAAGGCAUCGAUCGACGUCUUGAUUAAGCAGCUACCGAACACGUAUCGAUUGCUUUUAUAUUUYAUAUGUAUGACUUUGAAUUGGAGUGGCGCAGGGCGUCACAAAAUACAAAAACUUGAAUUUCUACAAUUUUCUAUAGCUUAAUUUUUCAAUGAUUCGUUGAAAAGUUCUUGAAAUCAGUUUAAAUUUAAAGAUCAUUUACUUGURUUAUAUAUUUUAAAUGUCAAUACAAAAAGUUAGCCAGAUGGCGUGCAAUCUUUAUUUGUCGUCGUUACUAUUUGAAAUUGGGAUAAAUUGAUUUUACUUAUA